ACUUCAGCUUCCUAUACCACCAUGAAUUCACAAAUAUGUCUGCACAAAUAUCUCUUGCCACUUAACAUUUAGUAUUUAAGUGCAGGUAAUGAGAUUCAGAUUUUCUCUAGUUUUCUCUCCCAUCCCAAAAACAUGGUGGCAGGCUGCAUCAUAUUGCCCACAGGUGUAAGUGUGUGUGCAUGUGAGUGUGUGUGUGUGUGUGUGUGUGCGUGUGUGUCAAAGUCAAAAGUCAAAGAAGCUUUAUUGUCACUUCAACCAUAUAUAGCUGAUGCAGUACUCAGUGGAGUGAAACAACGUUCCUCCUAGACCAAAGGUGCUACACAUAACAAAGUACAGUGACGCAGACAAACAUAGAGCUAAACAUAGAGAUAAAAACUAAACUAUACUUAAGGUGCAAUCUUUAGUAAAAACUAGACAUACAACAGAAGUGCACAGGAUGACAAGACAAGACAGUGCAGACAAACAACAUAUAGACCGACUCUGUGCAAAAGAAUAGUGUGUGUGUGUGUGUGUGUGUGUGUGUGUGCUUGUGUGCAUGUGCGUGUAUGUGUGUGUGUGUAUGUGUGAUCCUCUGGCUAUAUAACCUUGUCAUGACAAAGUUUGUGGCAAGAUUUAGAGAGCUUCCAGAAACCAACUGAGCGAGGGAAUUGUUUGUCAGCUGAUUUCUUUAGCUUUCUUCAGCUUGGGCUACAGCAAAAAAAAACAGACAAACAACUGAAGCUUUGCUGCUGUUGAGCUGGCACAGGCCUAUUGGUUUUUCUCUCACUCCCAUUCGAAGGCUUACUUCUCAGUGCGUUAAUAAAAGCAGCACAAAUAGGUAUCGUAUAGGUACAUAUUAUUAAUUAUCUAAGUACACUCAUCCACUAUAGGUAAUCCAUAAGAAUUACAUAUAGUAUCUGUAAAGUAAGUUAAAGAAAAAAGAAAAGGGCCCAUUACCUACAGGUGGUGGGAUACUAACAUUAAUUUUAUAUUGUGUCUGUGAAGUGAUUAGUAGUAGAUUGAGCAUGUUAGGCUCAUUUAUUCUAAACACAGCCACAUCCCCAAUUUUAUCCAGGUUAUUGCAACAUUUUUAUUUUUCCUAUAUUCCCUUUCAUCUCAUUUUAUUUAUUUAUUUAUUUUUAUAUAUGUUGUAUUUCACAUUAAGGAUGGGGGAAAGCUCUGACAUGAUUUCCUGGUUUCACAAUGUUUUGUUUUUUUUUACAUCACAAAAUCUUGCCAAUUUAAGGUGUGUAAACUUUUACGUCCACUGUAGAUCAGUGCUCUUUCUUAGGAAACAAACUUGUACCUGUGUUAGUAUAAGAAAGUGGUUGGUACACGUUCCUGUGUUAAGUGAAACAUUUAUCACUCACACACAAUGUGACAAAAGUUUACUUAAACCAUGUUUGAUAUCAAACACAAACUUCUAUAUGUUCAAUAUUUAUUUUGAUAUAAUGACUGAACAACUAAUAGCAGUGUUAGCUAAUGCUCCACCCUCAUCAGCAUUCGGCCAGUUCAGAAUUGUGUAUAAAAGCCAUUUUCCUGUAGUAGUGGGACCAGUGGCCUCACAUCCAUGGGAUGUACAAAGAUGUCACAAAUAUGGCUAUUGAGUUGGCUUUUAAUACUAACUGGACUGCAGUCAACGCAACAAUCAGACAUGAUGGCAACAACAAUGAUACCAGUGUUUUUGCAAACAAACAUGGACAUGAUGACUAACAGUGCCAUAAGUUCUGCUCAUAAUAGACAGGUGUGCAGUACUUGGGGAAACUUCCACUACUCCACAUUUGAUGGUGAAUUCUUCCAGUUGCCCUACGCCUGUAACUACAUACUUACCACCAUGUGCGACAGUACCCGGUCUGACUUCAACAUCCAGAUGAGGAGGGAAUACAUUGGUGGCGUCGCUGCAAUUAGAUCUUUUAACGUGAAGCUGGAAGGGACAGUAAUUAUGCUUCACGAAGGCAACAUUACCAUGGACAACGAAGUAUUGACUAUCCCAGGCUAUUAUAAUGGAAUUCGGGUUGAGAAAGUGACCAAUUACAUUAAAAUCAGCUCCAAGCUAGGAGUGACAGUGUUUUGGGAUGAAGACAACUCUCUCUCGAUUGAGCUCUCCAAAGACUAUAUGAAUCAAACAUGUGGACUCUGUGGGGACUUCAAUGGCAUCAUGCAGAAUGAGUUCAUUGAAAAUGGUCAACACUUACCUCCAGAAGAAUUUGCCCUUAAAUGGAAGAUGGAUGCACCCACUGAAACAUGUCAGCAGAAGCAGGUCAAUUCCCCGGAACUGUGCCAGGAACAGAGAGGCCUAUGUCAAGAACUGCUUUCUCACCCCUCAUUCAAAAGCUGCUAUAACUUGUUACCCACAUACGUGUAUUUCAAAGCAUGUGUUAAAGACCUGUGUCAGUGCAACAGCAGUCAGCAUGUUUGCCUAUGCGACACAAUAUCAGAGUUCUCGCGUCAGUGUGCACAUGCCGGGGGUAAACCUGGGAACUGGAGAUCUGAUGAACUCUGUGGAAAAACAUGUCCAUCAAGCAUGGUACACAGUGAGUGUGGGAAUCCAUGCACAGACACCUGCUCUAACCAGGAAGGAAGCCAAAUCUGUGCAGAUCACUGUGUGGAUGGAUGUGUCUGUCCACCUGGAACUGUGCUAGAUGAUAUUGCGCAGACUGGCUGCAUCUCUGUUGAUGAGUGUGCCUGUACCCACAAUGGUGAAACCUAUCAGCCAGGAAAAUCAUUUCAAAGGACUUGUCAAGAAUGUGUUUGUUCAAAAGGUCGGUGGAAUUGCAUUAGUCUGGACUGCCCUGGCACCUGCUCCUUGUUGGGAGGGUCUCACAUCACCACAUAUGAUAGAAAAGCUUACAGCUUCCAAGGAAACUGCGAUUAUAUUCUUUCAAAGGAUAACAGUAGUGAUGUGAGCGUGCUGGUGCAUCUGGCACGUUGUGGUUUGGCAGAGGGGGGAACAUGCCUGACUUCUGUGAAAAUCAUCAUCUCAUCAUAUUCUGUUACAAUCACAGCCACCGGCACCGUACUUGUAAACAAUGUUGAAAACAAGCUUCCAAUUUUUACGGAUCAAGUGAAAAUCUUCAAGCCUUCUACAUUCUUCAUCAUUGUGCAGACGCCUAGUCUUAAUACCGUCAUUCAGCUUGUUACAGUUAUGCAGGUGUACGUGGAAGCCAGCACACAACAAAAGGGAACACUGAGCGGCCUGUGCGGAAACUUUAAUGACAUGCAGGCAGAUGAUUUUAAGACAGAAUCAGGUCUCACAGAGGGGACAGCCACAACAUUCGCCAGCACAUGGAAAACCACGAUUUGUCAAGAUUCUGGUCCUACUCUCUAUGACCCCUGUAGUAUGAGUGUGGAAAAAGAAAAUUAUGCCAAGGAGUGGUGUGAGAAGCUCAGUAAUCCAGCAGGAGUUUUUUCUCCCUGUAAUUUAGAGCUCAACCCAAAAGAUUACGUAGCGAGAUGCAAAUAUGAUGCAUGCAUCUGUGACCAAAGUGAGGAGUGCAUGUGUGCUGCUGUGUCUUCCUAUGUUUAUGCAUGUGCUGCCCGAGGCGUAAUGCUGAAAAACUGGAGAGCUAACAUGUGCAGCACAUACACAACGAAAUGUCCAGGCAAUAUGGAGUACUCCUAUAACCAGACCAGCUGUAGGAAGACCUGCCGUUCUCUUAGUGAAAAUGACCGGACAUGCCAUUUGUCCCAUACACCUGUGGAUGGUUGUGGUUGUGCCAAGAACACUUACCUCAAUGACAUGAACGAAUGUGUUCCUGCCUCUGAGUGCCCCUGUUAUGUCGAUAGUGAGGUCAUGGCCCCCUUGCAGGUCAUCAGCAUGGCUGGAAGCACAUGCACUUGCAGAGAUGGCAAAAUGCACUGCAUAGGACAUCAGGAAAUUACUACCUGCACAGCUCCUUUGGUCUACUUCAACUGUUCAGACACUGAACCUGGACAAAAAGGAACAGAGUGUCAGAAUAGUUGCCACACACCAGACUCAAAUCAGUGUACAAACACACAGUGUAAAUCCGGGUGUGUAUGUCCUGAGGGUCUACUGGCUGAUGGGCAAGGAGGAUGUGUGCAAGAAGAGAACUGUCCUUGUAUUCAUAAUGGAGUGUUUUACCAAACUGGAGAGAUUGUAAAGGCAGACUGCAACAACUGCACUUGUAAAAACAGAAAGUGGAUCUGCACAGAAAAGGAAUGUUCCAGAAUAUGUACUAUUUACGGUGACAGUCAUUACAUUAGUUUUGAUGGUAGGAGAUUUACUUUCAGUGGCAACUGUGAAUACACUUUGGCCCAGGACUACUGCGGCAACAGCAACAGUGGUACAUUUCGUAUCAUCACAGAGAAUAUCCCCUGUGGCACCACUGGAACCACCUGCUCCAAAGCUAUUAAAAUAUAUUUAGGGGACAAACAGUUGCUACUGUCAGAGGAGAAUAUAAAAUCUUUGAAUCAUGAUAAUGGCACAGAGAUCCCUUAUAAAAUACAUUCUGUGGGGAUAUACUUGGUUAUUGAGGCCGAAAACAGUCUGGCCCUGUUUUGGGAUAAGAAGACAAGCCUAAUGGUCAAACUCAGCCCCUCGUUUAAGGGCAAAGUGUGUGGACUUUGUGGCAAUUAUGAUGGAAACUGGAAUAAUGAUUUUAUGACUCGUGGUGGAGAGGAAGUGACUCAGGCAACUGAAUUUGGAAACAGCUGGAAAGUUUCUGCUACAUGUCCUGAAGCCAGUAAUAUCCACAACCCCUGCGAUAUGAGACCUUAUCGGCAGGCCUGGGCCAUAAAACAAUGCAGCAUUCUCAAGAGUGAUGUCUUUAGCAAAUGUCACUCAGUAGUGGACCCAACUCAAUAUUACGAUGCUUGUGUGCGAGACACAUGUGCCUGUGAUGCUGGUGGAGAUUGUGAGUGUUUCUGCACUGCUGUGGCAGCCUAUGCUUCAGCAUGUAGUGGUCAAGGAGUCUGUAUAAUGUGGAGGACCCCAACCAUUUGCCCAUUGUUCUGUGACUACUAUAAUAGAGAUGAAGGCUGUGAGUGGCACUACAAACCCUGUGGAAAGUCUUGCAUGAAAACCUGCAGGAAUCCCACAGGAGCCUGCUACAGUGAAAUUCCUCCAUUAGAGGGAUGUUUUCCCCAGUGCCCUUCAGACAGGCCAUACCUGGAGGAGGCAACAAAUAAGUGUGUUGCAAGAGAGGAAUGUGGCUGCUAUGAUGAUGAAACUAAUACAUACUACAGUGUUGGAGACAGGAUUCCUACAACACAGAACUGCAUGAAAUGCUAUUGUACUGCACAAGGUCGUUCUUGUCAAUACAGCCAGACAGAUUGCUCUUGUGAGUAUAAUGGGCAGAAAUAUGAAACUGGAAAGAUAAUAUACCACACAACAGAUGGAGAUGGAGCAUGUCUCACUGCUAUAUGUGGGCAAAAUGGAACAAUUGUCAGGAACCUAAGCCAUUGUCCAACUGAGACAGCACCUACAACACCUGUCACAAUUUUUAAUUUCACAUCAUCCAUAACUACUGUAAUUCCACCAACAAUAACAGAAACAAUGUCUCCAACAAUAAUACCAACCAUUACAGUAUCUAGUGUAAUUCCCCCAACUACUACAACAGGAACAGUUUCUACAACAAUAAUGGAAACAUCAAGCAUGACCACAGAACCACCUUUUCCAACAACACCACCACCAUCCCCGCCCACUACAAUAACUACUGUAAUUCCUCCAACUCCAACGGGAACGGUUUCUACAACAAUAGUGGAAACAUCAAGCAUGACCACUGAACCACCUGCUACUUCAACACCACCACCACCAUCACCACCAACCUCUUCCACAACAUUAAUUACUGUAAUUCCACCAUCCACAACUUCAAUAAUAACUGAAACAACAAUAACAAGCCCAAGUGCACCAACUACAACAUCAUGCCAGCCUUGCCAGUGGUCAAAGUGGUUAAACAAUGACUAUCCCCUGAGUACACCAAAUGGAAAAGACAUUGAAUCUAUACCUACUUUGUGGAAAUCAGGACUCAUUAGCUGUGAGAAACCAGUAGAAAUUGAGUGCAGGGCCUCACAAUAUAAAGAUAAGUCUUUAUUAACCUUGGGUCAGAAGGUAACAUGCGAUAUUACUGUUGGUUUGAUUUGUGAUGACAAAGAACAAAAUGGAGAGCAUUGUUUUGAUUAUGAAAUAAGGGUGAAAUGCUGUGACAAUGACUGCACUCAAGCUACAACAGCACCAACAACUAAAGUUUCUUCAACAACACCAGCAAGCACUAUAAUAACUACUGUAAUUCCACCAAUUACAACAGAAACAGUCUCUACAACAAUAAUGGAAACAUCAAGCAUGACCACAGAACCACCUGUUCAUUCAACAACAACACUAAACCCAACCACUACUGUAAUUUUAUCAACCACCCCACCCUCAACAGAAACAACAUACUCUGUGAUCACAAAGCCUACCGGAACUGCUGCACCUCAACAUAAUGCUACAACUCCGUCCACAACAGUAACUACUGUAAUUCCUCCAACUACACCAGGAACUGUUUCUACAACAAUAGUGGAAACAUCAAGCAUGACCACGAAACUACCUGUUCCUUCAACAACAACACCACCCCCAUCCACUACAGCAACUACUGUAAUUCCCCCGACUACAACAGAAACAGUUUCUACAACAAUAAUGGAAACAUCAAGCAUGACCACUGAACCACCUGCUACUUCAACACCACCACCACCACCAACCUCUUCCACAACAUUAAUUACUGUAAUUCCACCAUCCACAACUUCAAUAAGAACUGAAACAACAAUAACAAGCCCAAGUGCACCAACUACAACAUCAUGCCAGCCUUGCCAGUGGUCAAAGUGGUUAAACAAUGACUAUCCCCUGAGUACACCAAAUGGAAAAGACAUUGAAUCUAUACCUACUUUGUGGAAAUCAGGACUCAUUAGCUGUGAGAAACCAGUAGACAUUGAGUGCAGGGCCUCACAAUAUAAAGAUAUGCCUUUAUCAACCUUGGGUCAGAAGGUAACAUGCGAUAUUACUGUUGGUCUGAUUUGUGAUGACAAAGAACAAAAUGGAGAGCAUUGUUAUGAUUAUGAAAUAAGGGUGAAAUGCUGUGACAAUGACUGCACUCAAGCUACAACAGCACCAACAACUAAUGUUUCUUCAACAACACCAGCAAGCACUAUAAUAACUACUGUAAUUCCACCAAUUACAACAGAAACAGUUUCUACAACAAUACUGGAAACAUCAAGCACGACCACAGUAUCACCUGUCCCAACAACACCAAUACCGUCCACUACAGUAACUACUGAAAUUCCUCCUACUACAACAGAAACCGUUUCUACAACAACGGGGGAAACAUCAAGCACGACCACAGUAUCACCUGUCCCAACAACACCAAUACCACCAACCUCUUCCACUACAAUAACUACUGUAAUUCCGCCUACUACAACAGGAACUGUUUCUACAACAAUAGUGGAAACAUCAAGCAUGACCACUGAACCACCGGCUACUUCAGCACCACCACCACCACCACCAACCUCUUCCACAACAUCAACUACUGUAAUUCCUCCAACUUCAACGGGAACAGUUUCUACAGCAAUAGUGGAAACAUCAAGCAUGACCACUGAACCACCUGCUACUUCAACACCACCACCACCAACCUCUUCCACAAUGUCAACUACUGUAAUUCCUCCAACUCCAACGGGAACGGUUUCUACAACAAUAGUGGAAACAUCAAGCAUGACCACUGAACCACCUGCUACUUCAACACCACCACCACCACCAACCUCUUCCACAACAUUAACUACUGUAAUUCCACCAUCCACAACUUCAAUAAUAACUGAAAUAACAAUAACAAGCCCAAGUGCACCAACUACAACAUCAUGCCAGCCUUGCCAGUGGUCAAAGUGGUUAAACAAUGACUAUCCCCUGAGUACACCAAAUGGAAAAGACAUUGAAUCUAUACCUACUUUGUGGAAAUCAGGACUCAUUAGCUGUGAGAAACCAGUAGACAUUGAGUGCAGGGCCUCACAAUAUAAAGAUAAGCCUUUAUCAACCUUGGGUCAGAAGGUAACAUGCAAUAUUACUGUUGGUCUGAUUUGUGAUGACAAAGAACAAAAUGGAGAGCAUUGUUAUGAUUAUGAAAUAAGGGUGAAAUGCUGUGACAAUGACUGCACUCAAGCUACAACAGCACCAACAACUAAAGUUUCUUCAACAACACCAGCAAGCACUAUAAUAACUACUGUAAUUCCACCAAUUACAACAGAAACAGUCUCUACAACAAUAAUGGAAACAUCAAGCAUGACCACAGAACCACCUGUUCAUUCAACAACAACACUAAACCCAACCACUACUGUAAUUUUAUCAACCACCCCACCCUCAACAGAAACAACAUACUCUGUGAUCACAAAGCCUACCGGAACUGCUGCACCUCAACAUAAUGCUACAACUCCGUCCACAACAGUAACUACUGUAAUUCCUCCAACUACACCAGGAACUGUUUCUACAACAAUAGUGGAAACAUCAAGCAUGACCACGAAACUACCUGUUCCUUCAACAACAACACCACCCCCAUCCACUACAGCAACUACUGUAAUUCCCCCGACUACAACAGAAACAGUUUCUACAACAAUAAUGGAAACAUCAAGCAUGACCACUGAACCACCUGCUACUUCAACACCACCACCACCACCAACCUCUUCCACAACAUUAAUUACUGUAAUUCCACCAUCCACAACUUCAAUAAGAACUGAAACAACAAUAACAAGCCCAAGUGCACCAACUACAACAUCAUGCCAGCCUUGCCAGUGGUCAAAGUGGUUAAACAAUGACUAUCCCCUGAGUACACCAAAUGGAAAAGACAUUGAAUCUAUACCUACUUUGUGGAAAUCAGGACUCAUUAGCUGUGAGAAACCAGUAGACAUUGAGUGCAGGGCCUCACAAUAUAAAGAUAUGCCUUUAUCAACCUUGGGUCAGAAGGUAACAUGCGAUAUUACUGUUGGUCUGAUUUGUGAUGACAAAGAACAAAAUGGAGAGCAUUGUUAUGAUUAUGAAAUAAGGGUGAAAUGCUGUGACAAUGACUGCACUCAAGCUACAACAGCACCAACAACUAAUGUUUCUUCAACAACACCAGCAAGCACUAUAAUAACUACUGUAAUUCCCCCAAUUACAACAGAAACAGUUUCUACAACAAUACUGGAAACAUCAAGCACGACCACAGUAUCACCUGUCCCAACAACACCAAUACCGUCCACUACAGUAACUACUGAAAUUCCUCCUACUACAACAGAAACCGUUUCUACAACAACGGGGGAAACAUCAAGCACGACCACAGUAUCACCUGUCCCAACAACACCAAUACCACCAACCUCUUCCACUACAAUAACUACUGUAAUUCCGCCUACUACAACAGGAACUGUUUCUACAACAAUAGUGGAAACAUCAAGCAUGACCACUGAACCACCGGCUACUUCAGCACCACCACCACCACCACCAACCUCUUCCACAACAUCAACUACUGUAAUUCCUCCAACUUCAACGGGAACAGUUUCUACAGCAAUAGUGGAAACAUCAAGCAUGACCACUGAACCACCUGCUACUUCAACACCACCACCACCAACCUCUUCCACAAUGUCAACUACUGUAAUUCCUCCAACUCCAACGGGAACGGUUUCUACAACAGUAGUGGAAACAUCAAGCAUGACCACUGAACCACCUGCUACUUCAACACCACCACCACCACCAACCUCUUCCACAACAUUAACUACUGUAAUUCCACCAUCCACAACUUCAAUAAUAACUGAAAUAACAAUAACAAGCCCAAGUGCACCAACUACAACAUCAUGCCAGCCUUGCCAGUGGUCAAAGUGGUUAAACAAUGACUAUCCCCUGAGUACACCAAAUGGAAAAGACAUUGAAUCUAUACCUACUUUGUGGAAAUCAGGACUCAUUAGCUGUGAGAAACCAGUAGACAUUGAGUGCAGGGCCUCACAAUAUAAAGAUAAGCCUUUAUCAACCUUGGGUCAGAAGGUAACAUGCAAUAUUACUGUUGGUCUGAUUUGUGAUGACAAAGAACAAAAUGGAGAGCAUUGUUAUGAUUAUGAAAUAAGGGUGAAAUGCUGUGACAAUGACUGCACUCAAGCUACAACAGCACCAACAACUAAAGUUUCUUCAACAACACCAGCAAGCACUAUAAUAACUACUGUAAUUCCACCAAUUACAACAGAAACAGUCUCUACAACAAUAAUGGAAACAUCAAGCAUGACCACAGAACCACCUGUUCAUUCAACAACAACACUAAACCCAACCACUACUGUAAUUUUAUCAACCACCCCACCCUCAACAGAAACAACAUACUCUGUGAUCACAAAGCCUACCGGAACUGCUGCACCUCAACAUAAUGCUACAACUCCGUCCACAACAGUAACUACUGUAAUUCCUCCAACUACACCAGGAACUGUUUCUACAACAAUAGUGGAAACAUCAAGCAUGACCACGAAACUACCUGUUCCUUCAACAACAACACCACCCCCAUCCACUACAGCAACUACUGUAAUUCCCCCGACUACAACAGAAACAGUUUCUACAACAAUAAUGGAAACAUCAAGCAUGACCACUGAACCACCUGCUACUUCAACACCACCACCACCACCAACCUCUUCCACAACAUUAAUUACUGUAAUUCCACCAUCCACAACUUCAAUAAGAACUGAAACAACAAUAACAAGCCCAAGUGCACCAACUACAACAUCAUGCCAGCCUUGCCAGUGGUCAAAGUGGUUAAACAAUGACUAUCCCCUGAGUACACCAAAUGGAAAAGACAUUGAAUCUAUACCUACUUUGUGGAAAUCAGGACUCAUUAGCUGUGAGAAACCAGUAGACAUUGAGUGCAGGGCCUCACAAUAUAAAGAUAUGCCUUUAUCAACCUUGGAUCAGAAGGUAACAUGCGAUAUUACUGUUGGUCUGAUUUGUGAUGACAAAGAACAAAAUGGAGAGCAUUGUUAUGAUUAUGAAAUAAGGGUGAAAUGCUGUGACAAUGACUGCACUCAAGCUACAACAGCACCAACAACUAAUGUUUCUUCAACAACACCAGCAAGCACUAUAAUAACUACUGUAAUUCCCCCAAUUACAACAGAAACAGUUUCUACAACAAUACUGGAAACAUCAAGCACGACCACAGUAUCACCUGUCCCAACAACACCAAUACCGUCCACUACAGUAACUACUGAAAUUCCUCCUACUACAACAGAAACCGUUUCUACAACAACGGGGGAAACAUCAAGCACGACCACAGUAUCACCUGUCCCAACAACACCAAUACCACCAACCUCUUCCACUACAAUAACUACUGUAAUUCCGCCUACUACAACAGGAACUGUUUCUACAACAAUAGUGGAAACAUCAAGCAUGACCACUGAACCACCUGCUACUUCAGCACCACCACCACCACCACCAACCUCUUCCACAACGUCAACUACUGUAAUUCCUCCAACUUCAACGGGAACAGUUUCUACAGCAAUAGUGGAAACAUCAAGCAUGACCACUGAACCACCUGCUACUUCAACACCACCACCACCAACCUCUUCCACAAUGUCAACUACUGUAAUUCCUCCAACUCCAACGGGAACGGUUUCUACAACAAUAGUGGAAACAUCAAGCAUGACCACUGAACCACCUGCUACUUCAACACCACCACCACCACCAACCUCUUCCACAACAUUAACUACUGUAAUUCCACCAUCCACAACUUCAAUAAUAACUGAAAUAACAAUAACAAGCCCAAGUGCACCAACUACAACAUCAUGCCAGCCUUGCCAGUGGUCAAAGUGGUUAAACAAUGACUAUCCCCUGAGUACACCAAAUGGAAAAGACAUUGAAUCUAUACCUACUUUGUGGAAAUCAGGACUCAUUAGCUGUGAGAAACCAGUAGAAAUUGAGUGCAGGGCCUCACAAUAUAAAGAUAAGCCUUUAUCAACCUUGGGUCAGAAGGUAACAUGCGAUAUUACUGUUGGUCUGAUUUGUGAUGACAAAGAACAAAAUGGAGAGCAUUGUUAUGAUUAUGAAAUAAGGGUGAAAUGCUGUGACAAUGACUGCACUCAAGGUACAACAGCACCAACAACUAAAGUUUCUUCAACAACACCAGCAAGCACUAUAAUAACUACUGUAAUUCCUCCUACUACAACAGAAACCGUUUCUACAACAACAGUGGAAACAUCAAGCACGACCACAGUAUCACCUGUCCCAACAACACCAAUACCACCAACCUCUUCCAUUACAAUAACUACUGUAAUUCCGCCUACUACAAUAGGAACUGUUUCUACAACAAUAGUGGAAACAUCAAGCAUGACCACAGAGCCACCUCUCCCAACAUCACCAAUACUGUCCCCUACAGUAACUACUGUAAUUCCUCCUACUACAAUAGGAACGGUUUCUACAACAAUAAUGGAAACAUCAAGCAUGACCACAGAACCACCAGUUCCUUCUACAACAACACCAAACCCAUCCACAGCAGUAACUACUGUAAUUCCUCCAACUCCAACAGGAACAGUUUCUACAACAAUAAUGGAAACAUCAAGCAUGACCACUGAGCCACCUGCUUCUUCAACAGCACCACACCCAGCCACUACAGUAACUACUGUAAUUCCCCUGACUACAACAGAAACAGUUUUUACAACAAUAAAGAAAACAUCAGGCAUGACCACAGAACGACCUGUUUUUUCAACAUCACCACCAAACCCAACCUUUUCUGUGAUCACAAAGUCAAUAGUAACUGCUGCACCUCAGCAAAGCACCACAGUUUGUGUCUGCACAUACAUGGAAAAAACUUUCUAUCCAGGGUCUGUCAUGUAUAACCAAACUGAUGAAGCUGGAUGGUGCUUCAUUGCUAUUUGUGAAUCAGGGUGCAAUGUUUUCAAGAAAUCUGAGCCAUGCGUCUUUACUACUCCUACACCAUACACUCCAUCAGCCUCUACAACCACCUCCACUCCUCUUCAGAAAGGCUGCAAAUUCCUUGAUCCACCAAGAAAGAAUGGAGAAACCUGGAGGAACAAGUGUUUUGAAGAAACAUGCCAGAAUGGCUCUGUUAUCUCCACACCUCUGCAAUGUCUUAAAUCAGAUCCUACAGUUCCAGUAUGUGAAAAUAAUAUACCUCCUGUUAAGGUCUACGAUGAGACCGGAUGUUGUUAUCAUUAUGAAUGUCAAUGCAGAUGUACUGGUUGGGGAGAUCCACAUUAUGUCUCUUUUGAUGGGACAUAUUAUGCUUUCCAAGGAAACUGCACAUAUGUUUUAGUCCAGGAAAUCAUCAAGAAGUACAAUUUCUCUGUCCACAUCAAGAACUAUAUGUGUGACAUCGAACAAGCACUGGCUUGUCCUGAGUAUUUGACUGUAUACUAUAAAUCAUAUCAAAUUGAACUGAAACAGACAAGAAACCCAACUGUGAAUACAGUAUAUGUCAACAAUAAGAAGGUGACCCCAGUUUACACUAAUGCAGACUUCACCAUAACCACAACUGGUAUUGCAAUGACUCUAGAUAUUCCUGCUAUCCAAGCUCAGGUUAUCUUCAAAGGCAUGAACUUUUUAGUCAGCCUUCCAUUUUCUCGAUUUCACAAUAACACAGAAGGACAGUGUGGCAACUGUGACAACAACAGAUCGAAUGACUGCAGACUCCCUAAUGGAAAAGUAAUCCAGUCAUGUGAGGAAAUGGCUCCUAAAUGGCAAGUGAAUAAAACAGUUUGCCCAACUCCCCAACCUCCCCCAAAAACAACCGUGAAACCAUGUCAACCAGCCAUCUGCAAAAUCAUCUUCAGCAAAGCAUUUGAACAGUGCCACAAAGUCAUUGACCCAGAAAACUUCUACAAGGCAUGUGUAUAUGAUGUGUGCAACAUGAAGAAUGCCACUGGUUGCUUCAGCCUGGAGGGUUAUGCUCAAAUGUGUGCUGAGGAAUCUGUAUGUGUGGACUGGAGGAACUUAACUAAUGGACAAUGCCCACAUGACUGUCCCAAACAUAAAGUUUACUUGCCAUGUGGGCCGAAGACGGAAAAAUCCUGCAAUUCAGGGUACAAUGAAAUGUUUAUAAAUUGUGAGUCUCGUGUGUGUCGUGAUCAUUUCCGAGAAGGAUGCUACUGCCCUAAUGGCACCACCCUCCUUGACACUACUUCGGAUGUAUGCACAAAGUUCUGUGGUUGUAUAGGUUCUGAUGGACAGCCCAAGCAGCCAGGGGAUAAAUGGCGAUCAGAAUGUAAAGAAUGUACAUGCAGUAAAAAUUCCAUGGGUCCAUUGUGUGAACCAGUUCAAUGUCCAAACCCAGAGCCCUGUACAAAAGCAGGCUAUGAGCUUGAGAUUGUGGACUGCUGUCCAAAGUGUGUGUGCAAACCUAGGUUGUGUCCUACACACAUGAUAAAAUGCCCAGUUGGAUUUGAGAUAGUACAAAACAGGACAGAUAAUGACUGUUGCAUAACAUUCUACUGUGAACCCAAGAAUGUGUGUGUCUUCCAUGAAAAUGUCUAUUUGCCUGGUGAGAAAGUUCCAACAGGAUCCUGUGAAGACUGUGUUUGUGGUUUAACUGUGAACUCAAGCAGUAAACUUCUUAAAACAGAAUGCACUCCUAUGGCCUGCAACACAACCUGCCCUAUGGGCUUUUCCUAUCAAGCUGUACCUGGGAAGUGCUGUGGAAAUUGUGUACAAAAACAGUGUGUAUACGAAGACCCAGAUCAAUCCAAUAGAAUAACCACAGCUGAGGUUGGACAAAACUGGACUCAUCCACGUAAACCAUGUGUGACUUUCAACUGCACUAAAGUCAACAAUGUGUUUGUCUUGGUGAAGAUACCCCCUUCAUGUCCUGAGUAUAAUCCACAAGACUGCGUUCCUGGCACAGAAAAAAUGACAUCAGAUGGAUGUUGUAAAACAUGUCAGCUACAUCAGUUCUUUUGCAAUCUGCAAAAGAACAUCACUUACUUAAAGGUUAAUGACUGUACAUCCAUUCAGCCUGUGGAGAUAGCCUCCUGCUCUGGAUCCUGUGACACCAAAUCAAUAUAUUCAAUGGCAGCGAACACCAUGACACACCACUGCACCUGCUGUAAGGAGCUUCGAACCAGCAGCAAGCAAGUGCAGCUACGCUGUGCAAAAAACACCCUGAAACCAUACACUUACACUUAUGUUGAGGAGUGUGGCUGCCAUGUCACUAAUUGCACAGACUAAAAUGAAUCUUACUAACAUAUAUUUUUUAAAAUUAAUUAAUUGAUUGAAAAUGAGCCUACUAAGGCAGAUAUUCACCUAUGUGUGCAUAUUAGUUCAACUGAAUUCAUGCUAACUAUCAUUACAUUUUAUAGAAUUGAAAUAGAGCAUGAAAAAUCAAAUAUCAAAUACAAAUAUAUUGCAUGAGAACAGGCUCCUGUGUUUUGUCACACAAUUGAGCAUAUAACAGAAUAUAUAAACCCUUUCCUUUCUUGCAUGCUUUGUUUUUCUCUGGUGUUGAUGGUUGUGUAUUCUUCUUUAAUUAAUGACAGUAAUUAAAAUAAUAAUAAUAAAAUAAUAAUAAAU